GUGUGUUUAAUUACUCCUCUGACCAGAGGAUAGGAAUUCAGCUUCUUAGGACCAUUGGAAGUUCACGGACUAUCCAAGUUGAUUAAGGCAUUGCUUCCUUUAUCAGAAUUCUGCUUCCUUUAUCAAGACUCUGUGUACUUUAUCAAGGUCGUCAUCAUGCCCACAUCCCCUUGCCUUAAACGGGUCAGGACCAUCCUGCACUUGUUAAAAGAGAUCCUCGUUGAGAAAUCACAAGCAGCUGAAAAGGUGGAAGAGGCAUUACAGCAGAUGAACCAGGUGCCGCCAUCGCUUGGAGCCAGCAGUCUGAAAGAGCACGAGGUUAGGGAUUUGCUAGGGCUGUCCCAGGAUGACCGUGCUCGAGAAAUUUGGUCUCUUAAUGAAGAGGACAUCAUUCCCGUUCCUACAAUCGUUCGUGAUCGUCUUCGUGAUAUCAGAGAAGUACUAGGCGGAGAUCCGACCAAUGAGGCAACAUGCCGUUGGAUUUUGGAUGUUAUCCUCCAGACGUGCAUCCGGAUGGAACAACAGCAGAAGAAAGAAAGAUGUGUUACCCUUAUUGCGGAAUCUCACCUAGAGCUUAGGGUGAAGUACAAUGGCGACGACCGUAUUUUGAGCGGCCAAUCCGACUAUUCCAUUUGGUACGACAACAGGGGCAUGUCGAUAAACACUGUUAUUUGCGAGGCCAAGGACGAGGCCGGUGUGUCCGGUGGAGUUCCUCAGUGUCUUGCCUAUAUGGGCAUGGUGCAUCACAUUCGGAAGCAAGAAGGCAGGAUAAACGCAGUAGUCUAUGGCUGUGUCUCUGAUGGUGAUGAUUUUACCUUUCUGCGCAUUGACAACGAAGCUAGGUACUCAAAGUGGUCAAGCCCCCAUGGAUGGAACUGGGGUAGCAAGGCAAGCAAUAUAAUCUGGACGCACUUGGUACUAAUCACACAGAGUGCAAGCGCACUUUCAUCACCUAUAUAUUCAGCAAAGAAGAUCAAGAGAACUGUCGAUAACGCAUCGACUGGACGACAGUACUGGAGACUGCGUAUUGGCAGCAGUAAUGAAGAUAAGAUAAUGAGUGGAUAA